AUGCCAGGCUCUGUAGUGAAGCGACCCUCCUGUGGAGAAGGAACAGAGCACGCGAUGCACACUCGGGAACACUUGCAAGCUGCAGAGUUUCCCUGUCACACGCCCUCAGCUGUAGGACACCCCUCUGAUUCCCCAGUGACUACGGCAGACCUGGAGACCCCAGCUCAUUCACCUCUUUCCUUUGUCUCCACAGCAUGCCCAGUGCCGAAACUGGGUGUGACCGAGAAUCCUGGCGCCUCCGUACCAGUGUUCACGGCAUCUGUCCUCCGCCACACCUGCUCCCAGGCCCAGCACACGGGCCUGCCCCUCGUGACUGUAGUGGUUCCUCCAGCCGGGCCUCCGGUGCUGUCCGCCCUCCCCGGGAACCCCCUGGUGGCAGGACAGGAUGGCCGUGGCCCAAACUGGACUGCGGCUGCCAACGUCUUUGGCCAGAUGAUGACAGCAGUGGGGCCUGUGAACGCCCCUCAGGCACAGAGCUUGGUCCUAACUCGGGCCCCCCUCGUCUGGCGGGAUCCAGGUGCCGUCUGUCAGGGCGUCGCCUGUCCACCUCCCCGACCCCUGGCAGCUGCCCCUGUGGUGCCCGCUAUGGUUGCCCACAUCCGUGGGGGCACCCAGGCCUGCGAGGGAGGCUGGUCCCAGGGCCUUCCUCCUCCGGCACCACCACCAGCUCCCCAGCUGGCCCCAAUCAUGGUCCCAGGGAAUGCUUGUCCAUGGCCACAGGGGCUCACAGGAGAGGGCAGCCAGGCUCCCUCCCAGGCCAAGGCCCAACCGGACGACUCCCGCAACCCCAAGAGCGUGUAUGAGAACUUCCGACUCUGGCAGCGCUACAAGCCCCUGGCCCGGAGGCACCUUCCCCAGAGUCCGGACACCGAAGCGCUUUCCUGUUUCUUCAUCCCGGUUCUCAGAUCCCUGGCCCGGCGGAAGCCCAGCAUGACCAUGGAGGAGGGACUGCGGUGGGCCAUGCGGGAAUGGCAGCACACAAGCAACUCUGAACGCAAGAUCUUCUACCAGAUGGCGGCAAAGUUCCUGGAGUUUGAGGCUGAGGAGAUGCAGAUUCAGAAGUUGCAGUGGAUGAUGGGGCCCCAGGGCCGGCCUCUUCCAGCCCUGCCGAGGCUUGAACCUCAGGGACCGUCAGCACCUGAGGUGGUCAAGGAGCCAGUGGACCUUCCCAGCAAGGCCGACCCCAAGGCCCCGCCUGCCUGCCUGCCACCACAUACGCCCCAGCGGCCAGCAGAGACCAAGGCCCACCUGCCACCACCCAGGCCCCAGCAGACGGCGGAGACCAAGGCCCCCGAGGAGAUACCCCCUCAAGUGGUGCAGGAGUAUGUGGACAUCAUGGAGGAGCUGCUGGGGACUCCCGUUGGGGCCACGGGGGAGUUCGAGGGACAAUGGGAAGAGGGCGAAGAGAAGCAGCAAGGGGAUGGGAUGCUUCUAGACCCAGGCGUCCUGAGCUACGUCGACAAUCUGUGCUCCCAGAAAGACUUCGUCACUAAGGUGGAGGCCGUCAUUCACCCCCGAUUCCUGGAGGAAUUGCUUUCUCCAGAUCCAAAGAUGGAUUUCCUGGCCCUAAGCCAGGAGCUGGAGCAGGAGGAAGGACUCACCCUUGCCCAGGUAGAGCAGGGAGGGAGGGGAACCCAGGUGCCCCACCUGACUGCCUACCCCAACUCUCUGGGGGAUGCUCGGCUUCUUGGGGGGCUGCUCCGAGGUGGGGAGGUGCAGGUUCAGACGGAGCAGGAUGGAGAGGAGCCAGGGAGGGGAGUCAGGAUGCAAACUGCAGUGAGGCCCAGCAAGAUGCCUGGCAGAGACACACCCUCUGUCUCUGACAGAAAGCCCAGCUACCUCAGGCUUCCCUGCCUGCCGCCCAAGUGCCUUGGUCUCCACCACCCUGGGCCCUGUUCACACGUGGGGCAGCGCCAGAAAAUGCCCCGUUUCCUCCCGCAGGUGGCAGAGAAGCGCCUCCAAUCCUUGGAGGAGGAACGGCGUAAGAGGGCAGCCCCUAGUCAUGGCACCACCCAGCUGGACUCCCUCUCUCCUAAGUCUGCAGCCGGCCAAGGAGCAGAGAGAGAUGUCCCUGGCCCCCAACAAGGGGUCAGCAUGGAAACCUGCCCACCCCGGACGGCUGCCCGGGACCCUCAGGGACAAGGCAGAGUGUGCAUUCGGGUGGCCAAAAACCCGGUGGUGCUUUUGGAGAGGCUGGAUUCUGGCAGGCUCAGGGCCGCCCGGCCAGACUCUCCUCCCCAGGACCAGAGACCCACCUGCCCAGGUGUGGGGACCCAGGACACCUGGGGUCUCCCUGGAGCCUCUCCUGUCAAGGAGUCACGCAGGCUGUGUAAGCGGUCAAGUGGGGAGGAGAGGAAGAUCCCUGGCAUGGUUUCUGUCGUGGGGACCCACUACAGGCUGCGGCCCUGGAAGCUGUCCCAGAGCCCUGUCCCUGCCUCGGGCCUUCUCAGUCCAGAAGGGCGGGGACCCCCGGGAGCUCUUCAGUCCCGAAGGGCAAGAAGAGGCCUCAGCCCAGCACCAGCACCGGCUCCCGCUCCUGCCACCACCUCCAAGAAGCGAGCUCUCUGCAGAGGCCUAUCCCCUGCUGUUCAGACGCCCCACCUAAGGCCUGGGCUCAGAGUCUCUGGGGCACAAUCCUCGGCUUGGGGGCCACCUAACACCUCACAGUCUCCAAAGAGAAAUGGUGACCCCUUGCUCUCUAAGAGCAAGAAAAAGCAGCAUCGUAGCCAGUAGAAGGACAGGGCAGGCUCUCUGGUGCCAAUCCCCAAGGGUGGGGCUCUCAACUCUCGGACCCUCAGGGCAUCAGGUGCCUCAAAGACUUCUCCGCCAGUGCUGACCUUGCUGGGCCUUAGC